GACACUUCCGGGUCAGGUGUUGGCUCAGCUGAAGUUGCCUGACAGCAUGUCGGUCUUCCGAUCUGGUUUACUUGUUCUGACGUCCCCACUGUCAGCACUUUCUCUGCGCUUGAUGCCCAUUCUUGCCUCAGCUGCCCGGCUGGUACAAGAUACCCUCUAUAUUCACCUGCAGCCAGGACUCAGCUUGACAGGUUCUACACAGCCCCGUUCCACUUACGUUCCUGCCACAUCGGAAGUACACAACCUUAUCAGCAAAUUGUACACCGAUGCUGACGUUCAUCGUCACCUUGAUGUCCGGAUACUGCUCACCAACAUCCUCAACCAAGGAGCUACCCCUCCAGUGCUAGGAUCUGUACAGAACCUUUCCCAGCCACCUGAGGUGGUGCUCACUGACUUCGAAACUGGAGAUGGAGGGCAAUCAAAUCCAGUCAAGCAGCGUCUAGAACGUUACGCCACCAGUUGUUACAGCUGUCGCCCUAACCUAAUAUCUGUUUUACUGUAUCCUGACUAUGAGUUACAAGCUGGUGAUGGGGAACUGUCCCCACAACACGAGAUUGAGAUAACAAAUGAGCCAUUGCAAAGUUACACUGAUGUAGUUGUGGGGGGCACUUUUGAUAGACUUCACAAUGGUCACAAGAUCCUUCUGAGCAUGAGCUGUAUGCUGGCAGAAAAUCGGCUUCUCAUUGGGGUCUCUGACAAAGAUCUCCUGGAAAAUAAGGUAUUAAAGGAGCUGAUCCUACCCUUUGAGCAACGUGUGGCUCAACUUAACGAGUUCCUAGUAGACAUCAAGCCUUCCCUGCAAUAUGACAUUGUUCCUCUAUUUGAUCCCUUUGGCCCAUCAAUCACUGAUGCUGAUCUGAAGUGCAUUGUAGUCAGUGAGGAGACAGUCAAGGGUGGUCUUUCUGUCAACAAGAGGAGGGCAGAAAAUAACCUGGCUGAACUGGCUCUCCACAAAAUCAGUCUGGCUGUUGACCCUCAGCAUGCCAGGAAUGAGGAAGAAAAAAUCAGCUCUUCUAGCCUGAGGUACAGACUUCUUGGAACUUUGUUGUGUGCUCCUCGGAAAGAUCCAUCACUUCCUUCCUCCCCCUACAUUAUUGGGCUGACAGGUGGAUCUGGUAGUGGCAAGAGUUCUGUUGCCCAGCAUUUGCUUCACCUUGGUGCCUUCCAUUUGGAUAUGGACAGUCUGGGACACACCAUUUACACACCAGGUGGUCCUGUAUAUGAGCAGGUGAUAGAAGCAUUUGGACCAGAUAUUUUAAAAGAAGAUGGAACCAUCAACAGAAAAGUGUUGGGAGCCAAAGUAUUUGGAGACCAGGAACAGUUGAAGCAACUCAACAGCAUCAUGUGGCCAGUGAUGGCUCGAAUGGCAAAAGAAAAGUUAGAAGAGGCAGCCAGGCAGGGAAAGGCUGUGUGUGUGCUGGACGCAGCUAUGUUGUUGGAGGCAGGCUGGUCAGAAAUGGUACAUGAGGUCUGGACGGUCAUCAUUCCUGAAGAUGAGGCCAUAAGACGCAUCAUAGCCAGAGAUGGCCUAAGUUCAGAAGCUGCCAAACUGCGGGUGCGGAGCCAAAUGUCCAAUAGCCAGCGUGCGAAGCAGUCACAUGUAGUACUUUGCACAAUGUGGGAGCCAGAAAUUACACGUGAGACGGUGGAAAAAGCUUGGGCUCUGCUCCAGAAACGCAUCAAACCUGAAUAGACCCGUGAACUGAGAUGGGAUCACCUCUUCAUUCUUCCCCCUCAGUGCUGCCCGUAUGGAAAGGUGUGCACCCAUCAGGUGUACUCAUUCCAACAAGGGCAGUAGUUGAGGGUAGAGAUACAGGAAAUGGAGUUCCAACUGCUUGGUGCUGUUGGGGGGUGUCUUUUUUCCCUGUUGAAAAAGGUCCAGGGAGAAGCAUGAAAUAAUUUUUGUAUAUCAUAGAGUUUAGUUUUCAUUCAGCUGGGGUACCUGCUGAGCAGGAAGGAAAAGAUGCUGCUAUGUGAAGCCACAGAUAGUUGCAUGUUUCUGAUGGAAGCAGUUUCAAUAAUGCUACUUACAAAACAAGGACAUUCAGGGUUACAUAGGCGUGGCACAAGUGCUCUGUUUUAGGCUCCGCUGCUCUGUAUUUGAUGUCCUAUGCAUAAGUUACAUAUAAAGAAGAUAACAAAAUA